ACUCAGAGGGAUCUUAUUGAUUUGGUCGCUUGAAUGAACUCUUGCUUGGAAAGUAAGUUUUCAAGAGGGAGUCAAAGAAGUAGAGUGUUUAAUCUUUCAACCUCUCUCAUCUUUACUUCAAACGCCGUAUUGACAUUGUCAAGCUAUUCGAGCGAGGGGUUUGUACCGGGUUUGUAUUGUCGAGAUUUCUCCUUCGACAUUUCACCCCAUUUCACUAUACGCAGACGGAGUAUAUAUCUUUUUCCUAGCUGGUGAAUUUAUUUGUGGUAUUAUACUUGAAUAGGAUUCUCGGGUAUUCAAAGUUAUCAGUCGACCAUCGAUCGCAAGCUGAAUGAUUUCCCAAGAUAUGGAAUAAUUUGGAAUACUCGCAUGAAAGCUGUCUAACUUUACCUGGUACCAUUUUCAGAGGAUUUUAACAAAGACUUAACAGAUGUUACAAUGUUUUGAAGAAAGGGAGGACAUUUCUUCUCAAACCAGGGAUUAGCAGAGAUAGGAUCCUAAAACUAUGGCAUCUUUUAGCAGUCAAACAAUCCCUCAAGGGAUGAACUCCCAGUAUGGAAUGGAAUCACCCAAUGAUAGCAAUCAAUUUGAUUGGAUGAUGGAUCAAUUAAUGGAAGGACAAGGAGGAGAAGGGGGAGGAGGAGGAGGAGGACCGGGAGAUAAUCUACUUCACAUGAUACUCGAAGAGGAUGAAGGAGAACACAGCAGAAAUGAAGUAUUUGAACCUGAUACAGAUGGUGGACCCGUACAUGCUGGAUACGUGACAUCAGAGGAUGAGUAUAAAAGUCAGUCAGUGGUACGGCCAAUGUCACAUGACCAAUCGGGUGAUCAAUCUCAAGGAUCAACCCCAAGGAAAGGUCGUAAGAAGAGGGUGAUUGAUCCAUUUGGAGAGCUUCCUCCAAUCAAAGAUAUCCUAGAGACUGAUGACCUGGAUGAAUUUGGAGAGAAGAAGAAGCAGCGGGUAAAACGAUUUAAAUGCACCCAAUUCACUGAACCUGACAAACAACUCGCUUGGACUAUAUUCAGAACAGCCGACAGAGAUAAUGACAGCAAACUGAGUAGGAAAGAGUUUGGCACGAUCCUGAAUUCUCCUCGACUGGAUCUAGAAGUCUCUAAAGAUGAUGUCACUAAACUGAUGAAAGAUAUCUGCCAUAAACGAGAUAACAUCAAAGAUUCUCCCAUGACAUAUGAUGAGUUCCUUCCAUUUGGUGUCCAUCUGCUCAAGUUUUUCUACAGCAAGAAGGAUGUCAAUUCUGAGAACCACUGGGUUGUUCUGGAUAAAGGCCCGAAGAAUGGAGUGAUAUACUUUAACAAAGAAACGGGCGAGGCUAGUACCACAAGACCAUUGGAUUACGAUGCAUGGCAUUUCCAAGAACCAGAUUUAUUAGAGCGAUCUCUGAUGGACCUCUUUGAGAUUGCUGAUAUGAAUAAUGAUGGAAAGAUAAACAUUAAUGAUUUUAUUAGGAUAAUAAAUUCAGUGAACUAUGGCUUGCAGUUGACUAAAGAAGACUUGGAUCAAAUCAACAAUCAUUUUGUCAAUGAGGCUGGGAGGAAGAUUAACAUGCCGUAUGCUUUCUUUGUUCCCAUGGCAAAGAGACUCAUCGUUACUAUCUACAGAGCGAGAGAUCCAUAUCCUCAUGAAUGGUGCCACCUUUACACUGGUAAUGUAGGAUCAUUCUGGUUCAAUAAGAGAACAGGAGAAUCAUCGCGUGUCCCACCCAAGAAAUACAUAACAGAACAGCAACACAGAUUGGUAGAUAGAGAACUUGAGAUGGAACUGUUGACAAAAUCAGCAGAAGAUCUAGCUUCUACAAGGAGUGAACUAGAGAAAGAACAAAAACGUAGACAGGAUCUUGAGAAGAAGCUGAGUACUGUAUCUAGAGAAAACAGCAGCAAUGCUAGUGCUCUGGAAAAAACUACUAAAACCUUGGAGAAGACUAAAACAGAGAAUGAAAUGAGAGGAAAGCAGAUUGAGCAUCUAGAAAGAGAAAUAGAGAAACUCAACACCAAGAUGAAAGGAUUAGAAUCCAGAGCUGCUGAAGGAGACAAAGCUGAACAGAAUCUAGAAUCAGUGAGAGACAUGCUCAAAGUAACACAGUCUACAGUCAGAGAGAAAGACUUUGAUCUCCGUCAGUUGAAGAGCAAGCUAGAUGAAACCAACAAGACGUUGGGCGAGACAAAGGAGAACGUUGAGAUGUUGGAAGCCAAGGUGGCUGAUCUUCACCAUCAACUCAGGGUUGAAAUCAAGAGAAAUCAACAGAUGGAAGAGGAGAUGAAGGUUAUUCCAUUAUUGAAGAAAGAUCUUUCUGAAACGGAUGAGAGAGUAGCAGCCGUACAGAGUGUCUUGGAUGAGAAGAAAACUCAACUCACACAUGCUAGAUACAUACUGAGAGAUAACAAGCAAACUAUCAAGAAUCUUGAGGAUGAAAUAGAUCGUCUGGUUGCCGUGGAAACUGAGAUGGAACAUGCUAAAUGUGAGGUUGACACAUUAAAGAAGCUAUUAGAUGGAAAGGAUCGUCUGGUCAUAAAACAAGCUCAACAAUUAGCUAAUGCAACAGGGAAUAGAAAGUCAAUGGAAUCGCUAAACUAUACAUUACGGACUUGCAGUGAUCCGUCAUGUCCACUCUAUCAGAACCCGAAGAAGACACAAGGAAUGCAGACGAAUGGACAUCAUAAGUCUGCACCAAGACAAGGUGCAUCACCAGAAGACAUAUCGGAUGAAGGCGAGGAGUACUCCUUCUAUCCGAAGAGAAAGUCACCAACGAAAGCCAUCGAUACAUCCAACAAAAGCUUCCUUCGUUUCCUAGAGAACGAUGGUAACCAUGACGACAUGCCAACAGUGUAUGAUCUAUAUGAACCCAACGGAGUUUACUCCCCACAAGACAAGAGAUCAGGCUCUCUGCGGUCACACCAGCGUGUACGACCCAAGUCGUGCGUUGCUAGGAUACAGAGGAGGGACAAAUCUGCACUUCCCACAGGAACACGUCUCUAUGAAGAUGAUUUCAUGGUGGCUCAGUUUGUUCAUGUUGGAGAUCGAGUCAGGGUUAAGAAACAUGCUUCAAAGAUCAUAUCAAUGAAACCAAGUGACUUUAUGACAGGGAUUGUGAAGUUUGUUGGCAAGAUAGACAAAGAUCAUAUCGACCAUCAUAUAUAUGUGGGACUGAGGCUAGAUGAACCAACGGGAGACACCGAUGGGAUCAUCAACGGGAAGAGGUACUUUCAUGCUAACAAGAGACAUGGCAAGAUAGUGAAGAUAACCGACAUCUUCCUUGUUCUCAACGCAAAGACCGCAACGUACCAGAGAAUCAAUGAGUUGGUGAGAGAGUUGAGGCACAAAACAGGGACAACGAAGACUUACAGAGAUGGGGAGCCUGAACUCAUCGAAAUACCUUGAAUAAUGGACAUUUGUGUGUGGACCAUGGAUGCAAAAAUAUUGAUUAAAGGGCCUUAACUCACUGAAAUACUUUAAAUAACAGACAUAUCUGCACCGUGUAUGCAAAGAAUUGGUGAUUGAGCCAGAACUCAUUGAAAAAAAGUAGAAUCUGCAAAAAAUGCUGCAUGGAGUAAUCUUGUUUACCACAAUUGAUUAGCAUUUUGGGUCAAAAGAGAAAAGCUACGUUCUGUACACUCUUUUGCCAAAAAUUUGCUACACUAAAGAAUUUUUGUGCAGCAGUCUUUAAAAUGUGAAGCGAAUUUGAUACGAUGCAAUAUGAGGGAAAAUUAUUCCCUGGGUUGAAUCUCUUUCUUGGAACCACAGAAAUCUGUACAACUUGGGUAAAGUUUAACUUAGAGAAGGUGGACUACAUAUUAUGGCUAAAAUGCUGUUUUUCCAAAAAGUUUUAUUUCAAAUUAAAUUUUUCUUUCAUGAGGACAUAAAACAAUAUACUACCUGGGUUAUAUUUAGAUUACUGCCCCAGGGGAAUGGGUACUUAGGAGAAAACCACAAAUCCCUGAUAAUAAAGUACAUGGCCUAUGGGAAAGUUGUCCUUGCCCCUUGUCAUAAUUUACUUACUCAGUUGCAAAUUUGAAAUCUACAUAGUAUUAGUGAUCUCAAUUUUAAAGCAGCUAUAACUUUCUUAUUGCUUGUCCGAUUUCUUUCAAACUUUCACCAUUCUGUUUAAUUUAUUUUCUCCUUCCCAAGUCCCAACACAAAAUUUUAUGGCCAAGGCUGGAUUCCCCUUUAAGACUUUUGUCUUUCAAUCUGAAGGACAUGGGUUCGAUUCCAAGCCAUGACGUGUUUACCUUCAGUAAGAAAUUCCCCCACAUUGUGCUGCACUCAACCUAGGUGAGGUAAAUGGGUACCGGCAGGAAGUAAUUCCUCAAAGAGCUUUGUGCACCGGAAUCAGUAGACUAGCUCGGCCGGGGUAAUAUAGGAGUGCCUUGAGCACCUAGCAAGGUGGAUACAUGCGCUUUACAAAUCCUAUAUUAUUGUCAUUAUUAUUAUUAUUAUUAUUGAAUAAAGAACUAGCAUGUUCCUUGGAUGGAAUGGAUUAGUGAAUGAGUUAGUAAGGGUUUCGUGGCACAAGACUAGAACUGAGAGCUACAAAGAAAGAGCAUGAAACUUCUUUCAUUGGACUACAAUGUACCAGAAGUAUAAUGAGCAAUCAGAAAUUGAAGAUUCCAGGGAAUAAUUUGCUUGCCAAAUUUGAUAAGCACUUGUGGUCAUAGAAGCUGUUAACUACUAUUUUUUUUAAUGUGGAGCAAAUUGCAAUGCAGUACCAGGAAAAUUAUUCCCUGGAUUCAUUAUGGAAAUUUGAAGUUGAAUGGAAUUUCAAGCUUUUUUUGUAGCAUCCUUAGAAAUUAAAAAAAAAAUGCAUUACCACAUUGUUUAGUAUCACUUAGUAAGUGCCAAAGGAGAUAUUCAAACAGAACAAAUUUGUGCAAUAGCUUGCCAUGUGUAUUAGUAUACUGAAUACUUGAACAUGUUGUAGUGUUCGCUGUAGUAUAACUGUAUAUUUGAAUUAUGUAGUGGACCAAGUGGCAGUUUUCUAUUAUAAAAUUGAAUUAUUAAAGGCAUUGAAUAGUGAUGUAUUUGCAAUACUAUAUAUUUUAAAAUAUAUAUACCGGUAUAUACUAUGGAGAGGAUUUCUAGUACAUUUUAAUGCUGAUGUUAAAAAAAAUCAGGUAAGAAUAUUGGUUGUUUUCUAUUUUUUAUUGAAUUAAAAUUAUGUAUUGCAAUACUGUAUGUAUUUUAUUAGUUAUUAUAUAGUGUGGCUGUAAUUUGAGCAAAAUCUAAUCCACAAUAUUUUUCACCCAUUGGAUAGUUUCCACCCCUUCAGUAUUUUUAUUUCGAAUAUUAUGCAUUCAGAAUCCAAUUUAAUAGUGGGCAAUGCCUAUUUUAUCCUUACCCAGAGCUUAAAAACUUUUACACAGAUUUGAUCUCAUAUUUUUUGGAUAACACAAAACAUCCUUUUAAGAAGUGUAGUAAAAUAAAAAAAUUAUCCUUACACUAUCCAUGCAUCUUAUGAGGAAAACACAAUUCGGUUGGAUUCUGUACGCAAACAAAAUCAUUAAUAAAAGGCACUUUUUGAAGGAUAUUAUAAUAUAUUAUAUAUAUAUUAUAUUAUAAGUAAAAUUAUCAAGAAUUAUUAGAAUGUUCAAAAUUCAGAUUCUUUCUGUUGUGAUAUGCUUAUCCAAUAAUUCAAUAUUUUCAUAACUUAAUGGACUAUUCUAUUUUUUUAAUGACAGUUGAAUGAAUACAGUAUGAUUAAACAAACAGGAACACUGAAAAUUCCAUCAAUCAGUUGAAAAUGAUACCAUAGUAAGGCAUUAAGAAAUCACUUUAAUAUUACAGUUGUUUGCAAAUAAUCAUUAAUAUGAGAUGAUAUCAUAUCCCCACUUCUUUGCAUUCUAUUAGAAAAUAAGAAAUGAUAGGUAGGGAUGUAACAUCAGCUCAUUGAAUAUCAUAAAUGAACAAAUUCAUUUCAACUCAUUUUUAUUUUCUUUCUGAAUGAAAAGAAAUUUUCAGAGUUACAAGCAUGCAUAUUUAAUCUGUAUUUUCAAAAUACCUUCUCCAAAUAAUUUUAAUUCAGAGAAAAUUUUAAAGUAAAAUAAUUAACAGUUAUGUUCAAAGAGCCAACAAAAAUCCCACAUUACUAAACAAUGGUU